AUGUAUAAGAAAUCUAUGCGAAAUCAAGAUUUUGUUGGAAUGCACUGCGCAGCGACCAGGAUGCAGUGCGCCCUGGUGGUGCCUUGCUUUGAGGUAAAUGGACAAAACAUGAAGGGCAAACUGCCAUCUCUGUUUAAGAAUUGUCAAUACAUGGAUGGAAAUAAUAACAUAAACAAAAAUCAACAAGGGAUUGUACAUGCAGUGCAAAAUGUUGAAGAUGGAGAGAGGCAGGACAAGCAAGUCUUGAGUCAACCACAGGAACAACUGGAUAUUAUUAGUAAAACACCAGACCAGACUGAGCAAGUGAAAUCAGUAGAAGAAAUAGCAAACAAAUUACAGAACAAUAAAACUGUUGUUACAGCUACAACAGAAGAAUCCAAUGAAAAUGAUCAAGAUAGCAAUACAGAAGAGGGGUCUCAGGUCUCAGUUCAGGGGGUUUCAUGUCCAAGCAGGGAUCUGAUGAUGAAUGCUGAAGAUACAGUAACAGUAACUGCUGUAACAGCUCAGAAUGAAAGUGGUGUAUCUAUUUCAGACAAAAAUCGUAGUGGUGGUAGAAGAGAUCUGUGGAGAAACUCUACACAUGAUGAAACAGAUUUACCAGUAACUAACGUAAUUGCAACACCUGACCAACACUUUGGAGAAAAUGGGAAAAUUAGUACAAUGGGGAAAUCUGUGGAAGUCCAAGAGUUAACAAUGAAAAGCACUUCACACAAUGACUCAGAUCUGAAUGUAAUGCGGGGAACUGCAACAUCACCUGACCAAGACAUUGCAGAUCAUGAAAAACCAAGUACAAUUGAGAAAUCUGAAGAGAAACAAGAAGAAACAAACAUUAUAUUCUCUAGACACAGAGUUNAAUCAGAAGAAGACAUAGCAAACAAAUUACAGAACAAUAAAACUGUUGUUGCAGCUACAACAGAAGAAUCCAAUGAAAAUGAUCAAGAUAGCAAUACAGAAGAGGGGCCUCAGGUCUCAGGUCAGGGGGUUUCAUGUACAAGCAGGGAUCUGAUGAUGAAUGCUGAAGAUACAGUAACGGUAACUGCUGUAACAGCUCAGAAUGAAAGUGGUGUAUCUAUUUCAAACAAAAAUCGUAAUGGUGGUAGAAGAGAUCUGCGGAGAAAGACUACACAUGAUGAAACAGAUUUACCAGUAACUAACGUAAUUGCAACACCUGACCAAGACUUUGGAGAAAAUGAGAAAACUAGUACAAUGGGGAUAUCUGUGAAAGUCCAAGAGUUAACAAUGAAAAGCACUUCACACAAUGACUCAGAUCUGAAUGUAAUGCAGGAAACUGCAACAUCACCUGACCAAGACAUUACAGAUCAUGAAAAACCAAGUACAAUUGAGAAAUCUGAAGAGAAACAAGAAGAAACAAACAGUGCAGCUACAAUUAUUGCAUGUAAUGAUGUAGAAACAAUAGCUGAAAAGUUAUAUUCUGUAGACACAGAGUUUCAAGUACCAGAAAAUCAAUUAACUUCAGUUGAUGAAGCAAGUGAGCAUCCUGGCCCUUCUGUUAACUACAAUCAAUCUGUAAAUAAGGAAAUGGAUCAAAGGAAAUAUUCACAACAAAAUUCUUCUACUGACAUAGAAGAACUAACUGCUGAUGAUCUUGACCAAACAGACAACUUUAAUCAAGAAAAGGAUACAUCAAAGCAGAAGUCAACAGAGGAUACUGUUGCUGAAUUGCAUAGUGAAACAUCUAGGGAUGAAAAUGAAAAAAGGCUGAAUUCUGAGACAGCCUUGCCACAAUUUGGGUACACAAACAGUGAGCCUUUAAUGGCAGAGUCAAGUGUACGGAAUGAAUCUGUAUUGAGUCAUGCUGGACCACAACAACAGGAAAAUUCAAGUCCUUGUGGAGAGGAAAGCAAACUUCAGUUGAAAGAUUCAGGCAGUCCUUCAGCCAUUAGUGAAGUUAAGAACAGUGAAACUGAAGCAGCUAUAAAAUUAACACCAUCUAGAGACAGAGAUGCUGAAAACAGGCUGAUUACAGCAUUACGGCUUUCUUGUAAACUAUCUCCUGGACAUCUUGUUAGAGAUCUUGAUGUCAAAAGUGUGAUGUCAGUUCACUUGUUGCGUUCACUCUCACCAGGGGUAGUGACAGUUGCAGAGUUAGUUCACAAGCUUGUGUAUUUGACAGAACUUGAUCUAUCAGGAAAUCUACUCGGUCCUCAAGGUUUUCGUGUGAUUUGUCUGGCUCUCAGAAGGAAUACAACUUUGAAGAGCUUGAACUUGGCUAACAACUUAGCAGACACUGAUAGCUCUGAGUGUGUAGGAAUGAUGGUAUCUACUAACUAUACUUUGGAAAGACUGGAUGUGUCUGGAAAUAAUCUUGGCAAUGACUAUUUUUCACGGUGCACUGGACCAGCACUAAGGACAAACUGGUCCUUGAAAUCUUUAAAGUUUUCCAGUUGCGGCUCAAGUGAUGUGUCUGCCAUUUGCGAAGCUCUAGUUGAGGGAAAUUCAACUAUUGAAGAACUUGAUGCCAGUAACAACCAUAUUGGGGCUGUCUUCGGUCAAGGAUUGUCAAACAUCUUGCAGCAACCAGUUUGCUCUUUACGGUAUCUUGACGUUCAUGGUACAAACCUUGGAACAGAAGGCAUGGCAACUCUCCUGGCAGGAAUACAGCAAAACAGUUCACUCAGCAGUCUGAAUGCCGCAGGACACCAGGUGUCCCGUUUGUCAUUUUUAAUGGAGUUUUUAUACAGCAGCAUUUGUCAUCCCACUCUAGAGGAGUUGAUCCUGGAGAAUACUAAAGUUCUUGAACUUGAUGGAUGGAACCCAUCAGGCUUGUCAUUAACGGAGGGAAGUUCCAGUCUCACCAAACUACUCCUGUCAGGAUGUUCUUUGACAAACCAAACAUUGAGGACUCUGUCCGAAAAGGCUUCAGGCAAAUUACCUUGCCUUGUUUACUUGGAUCUCUCCAGUAAUGAACAGCUAACUGCAGAGUGUCUAUUGAGUAUUUGUGCCAUGACCUCUUCUCCAGGCCAAAGUUGCUCCUUAUCUGUGCUGGACUUCUCAUUAAACGCGGCUGAUGACAUUGCUGGUGAUAUCGAAAAGCUUCCUGGACUAAAAAACUUAAAGACGUUGCUUUUGAAAAAAUGCAGAAUUACCCCAGCGAGUGUAGUUGAUCUCUCCAAGCUUAUCACCUUGACAACGCCUGAUUUCUUGAGAAUUUCCUCUGUGACGCUGGACGGCAUCAAACUAUCAGGCGCAGACGCCUUGAAAGGCAUGCUGGGACUGUCAGACAUGUUUAUACCCACAAAUCCUUGCAGCCUGGAGUUGCUGUCACUCAUAGGGUGUGGCUUGAACGAUAGAGACGUAAAACCGCUGAUGAACGGCAUCGGCAAUGGACUGGUCAUCAAAGAACUGAGAUUAUCAGCAAACCGACUCACAGAUACAACCGUUAACUACUUAGUAGAUUCCUCUGGAACAGCGCUUUCUCUUCAAGCGCUGGAUCUUUCUUUAAACAAGAUUCGAAAUGGCGGAGCCCAGAAAUUAGCAGGAGCUUUGUCCGACAAACUGGCAAACCUGAAAAGCUUAUUGCUGGCUGACAACUGUAUCGGUCAGAUAGGAAUACUAGCUUUGGUCGGCAAGGUCGGUCCCGGCUCUCAAGUAGGAGUAUUAAACCUCAAGAGCCAACAACAAGCGUUGGGAGAGGAAGAUAUGGACGAAAUAAUGGAAGAGCUGGCGAAAUCACUAGGAUUUGACCCAGAAAACAGCGAAGGUUGUGCACCAGACAUCAGUCUUCCAGCAAACUUCACAAUCAAUCUUACCGGGUUAGGAGGUGAACCCGGUGAACUGGGACCUAAACUCGACAGUCAAGCCGUGCUGACAGAUUACAGUGCCAAGCACCGCAGAACCUUGACGUUUAAAGAUGUACUCCAGCUGUCAGCGGUCCUGUCCCAAUCAGAAAACACGAGGGCUAUAAUGAGUCAGAGCGACUGGGACCGAGUCAUCAGCGCCGAUAAAGACGCUCCGGCGUGGUUGCAACUUUCAUCAAAACGCGAGUGCGCUGUGUACGUCAGUAACCUGCCGCUGAGUGUCACUGCAGAAAAACUUGAGGGACAACUGGAUAGCGAAGCGGAGUGCAAUGUUGUGGAAGUUUAUUUGCUGAAGGAUCAAAUUCUGAGGAAACCAAAUGGUUUAGCGUGGGUGCUGUUCACAGAUUCUGCAUCUGUUCAGCGGGCAGUGGAAUACUACAACUCAGGUCAGGCCUUCAUGUACGGCACGCCAUUUGUUAUCUCCACCCUGAAUGUUGAUGUUAUGGCCGACACUGGAUCCGAAGAAAAUGCUGAGGCUAAAGCAAGACAAGAGGUGAUACAACGUGCUGAAGGUCGUAAAGCGGAUCAAACUGCGCAUGCACAACUGGUUCAGUCGAACUAUAACGAGAGUCUUGCGCGUCACGAGUAUGCGGCCCAGCAUCCCGCCUACGCAGAUGGCCGAGUGUGGUGAGCUGGUGCCGAGGGUCCAAUCAGGACAGG